AUGCCGCGUCCUCAAGUGUCCAAGCCCACCGUGCCUUCUCCUACUGUCCCAUCUACAGCUACCCAGGCCACACCCUCCAACCAAACCCCCUCCUCUCCAGGAGACACGAUCAAAGCGGUGACAGUCCGAUGCCAGGGCGACAAAGGUUUCCCAUGGUCGGCAACUACCAUCCCCUCGAACCACCCUAUCUUCAGCAAUAGUGUCCCACCAGUGCCGGCUUUGCUGGACUUCUUCAUCGUCGUCCACCGCGUGGGAACUGUGGGCAAUGGAACAACUGGUUACCUCGAUAACCAGGCUAUCACAUACAUCCAUAUAGACCCGAACACCGGGUUUGCGCCCCCUCGGUGGCAGAGUGGGAUCGGUACUGUGAUUGUCGCACGCAAAGACAAGAAGGAUCUCUCUCCAGAGCACUACGAGGCAAUCUGGAUGUACUGCGAUCGUAUUCUCGAUUACUUUGGGGAAGGAGAAGGAGCACCUGAGCGUUUGUUCAGCCGACAAGCAUUCGAGCGAUGGUUCGUGGGUUACCAAAAAGAGCAAGUGGGCAUUGGACGUAAGGAAUGGACGUCGGUAUCGCCGUUGUACGAAGAGUGA